AUGUUACUAUUAUUAAAAGAUUCUGAUACUGUUGUUUAUUAUGAAAAAAGAAAUGGUUCCGUCUGCAGAUUGAGAGGUGAGUCCUGGAUUCGUGCUUUAGUAGUGGCUAGUCGGGCCUAUUUUUCUAUGCGUUCAUAUGGUCGUCGACUAGAAUUGACUAGUAUUUUAUCUGAUACAGAAAGGUGGGAAGUCGAAGUUUGUUUUCGAAUCGUUCUGUUACCUUCACCAUCCAAAAGAGAAUCUCAUUUACCUUCAGAUAAAUUAUUAGAAAGAUUAGAACAACGAGCUCAGUGGCGUAAUUUUCGAGCUACUUUCUAUUUGUCUGAUUCCGGUAAAAUUAAUGCCAUAAAACUCACGCAGUUACUACCUCCGUUCAAGGAUUCAACUGCUUUAUAUCCUUUGAAUCAACUGACAAUUAAGAGAAUUCUUGCUCCCAGUCUAUCUGGUCGACGUCAUUUACCCACUCCUACUUCUCAUGGUUUUGGAGAAUUAUCAUUACAACGUAACGAUGACAUCAAUAACUAUGGUAAUCAUAAUGAUGGCGUUAUAUUUUGGACACUGGGUAAUGUUAAGUAUUGGUUCCACGUAGUUGAUAAGAUUGUCAAACCAUUUGAUAUAGUUAUUACUUCCCUUCCCGACGAUCAAGCUCAUUCUGGUCUUGUGGGAAAAGAACAAACUGCUUGCAUUUGUCUGUCAAACGAUCAUCCGACGACAUGUGAUCAUACUACAAAUUAUAUACCACCUGUUCAAACUCCUUGUCAAUCGUUUUCAUUGAACUCUAUUUUAUUAGAAUUCUAUAUGAAACAUUCUCCAUCAAUUAGGAAUAGUAGUCAGAUUACAACAGAUAAACAACGAAGUUCGAAAAUGUAUUCUACAUCCUAUGGUCCAUAUAUAUAUCCAGCUUUUUAUUCAUUAGACAAUUCAACUAAAUCAAAUCACAUUCCUACCGUAGAACAAUUCAACUUAUCUAACUAUUUUGCUUCUUUUCCUUCACCUAGUGAUAUGUCCUCUGUAUUUUACUUAUGCAAACUCUAUAUUUAAAUUUUCGACCAGUCCUAUUUUGUAUAUUACAUAUAUCUUCAGAAAAAGCGAAUAGUAUCUAAGAUCAUAUCAAAUCUACAAGUACAUAAACAUACGCUCAUGUAUGAUAACUGAUGUAUCGGAAGUGUUCGACCAGUUGAGUACAGUUUCUGCACAAUACUUUUUCCCAUAUACUAGAUUUCUCCUCUGUUUUAAGAAACAGAUAUUCAGAGUACUUUUCUAUAGGAAAAUAUACCAGUGAUUUUAUCUGCAGUUUGUCAACACACAGCUUUUUA